CGCGCCAUGGACCUUGCAAUGUCGGUCGCGUGCUCGCCUUGAGGAUGAGUCGUGUUUCCGCUCUUGCUCCUGACCAUUAUCUGAGACAAUGACUGAAAUAUUGUACAGACAGUAUGUAGGCGAAUCUGAUUUACCACACAUUAUGGCGCUCGUGCAGAGUGAGCUCAGUGAGCCGUAUGUGAUAUAUACAUAUCGUUAUUUCCUACAUCAAUGGCCACAACUUUCUUUUCUCGCAAUACCUGCGGGAUCAUCGGACCCGAUAGGUGUCAUCGUUUGCAAGCAGAGUAUGCACAAACAUGCAUCCAAUAGAGGUUAUAUCGCUAUGCUCAGCGUUAGCAAGAGCUGGCGCAAACGUGGUGUAGCAAGCACGUUGGUCAGACGAUCAGUGGAGGUCAUGAGACGACACGGAGUUGACGAGGUCGUUCUUGAAACUGAAUAUGAUAAUGCACCGGCUCUUUCCCUCUAUGAGUCCCUGGGAUUCAUCCGCGAGAAACGGCUGUAUCGAUUCUACCUCAAUGGAAAGGAUGCUUUUCGUUUGGUUCUCUCUAUCCCUCCAUCAGAAUUGGAUCGAAACCUUCCACACUAUAUGAAGCGUUCCCCAACCAACACCAUUCUCUCCUAUCCAGUUGCUCCGGACGACGACGACGAGGUCUCAUAUCGUUGAUUUCAGUCACACGACCAAUAUCAUGACCUUACAUUCUAAUCUGACUUUCUAUAGUCAUAAUGGCCCCUAGCUGUACAGCAACACCGUCUCAGUUGUAUAACCCCGCUCAACCUAGGUUCAACCAUUCAUCGCCUGUUUCUCAUCGUGUCAAGGCACUAGUAUACCCCACAUACAUGUGUAGUGAUAUUUGUAGUAAUAUUUUGAUGCAGCCCGUGAUUCACAGGAUCGAGACCCU